AUGAAAUCAUAACUUCUGGUUGCCUUUGCCAUUUAGUUAUUGCUUUUGGUAAAUGCUGAUGACAAUUGUAAUUUUACUAUAGAUUAAUUAAAUAACUAAGUAUUAAAAACUAAAAUUAGUUCAUCAUGCAAUAACUGCUUCACUUCAGAUGUUAAAUUGACUAUCUAGUCAAAUACUUAAUAAAUCAUCUCUCUAAAAUUAACUGCUAUCGAUGCUAGCGAUCCUGUGUAAUAAACAACGCUAAAACCAGCUGAAAAAUCAUUAACAAUAAAUCCAUUCUUUUUGAUAUAAUAUUAAUCUGGAGGAACUUACGAGGCUUUCAAUUUCAUGACUACCUGUCAAACAAAAUAGAUAAAUGGAAAUCUUGUUUAUAACUUAGUUUUUAAUGCUAAAGUAAAUGAUAAUUACUAAUUUUUUGAAUUAAAUAACGGGUAUACUACUAAUAGCCUAAUACUCUAAAGUUUAUCCUACGUAGCUUUAGUCCUUGGUGUGGCUUUAUUAUUUUGA